UUAUAUUAGUAGGAAGGCGCUACAGAAGCUGAAGUUGCAGUUAAAGGUCAAAAAGUUAGCAGACCCUGUAGUCAGUAUCCUUGCGGAUAAUCGCACGAUGCGAGUAGAAGACUACGUAGAGGGAGUCCAGGCGUAUUUCCGCCUAGAGAAAGAUGGGAAAGUAGAGAAAGUUCUCCAUUCCCUGACUCUCCUCGUAGAGGAUAGCCUCCCAUUCGACAUAGUCCUGGGUAUGGACUGGGGAGAGGCAGCCGGGGCUACACUCCACUUGAGGGAGCAUGAGUGUAGGCUCCCUAGCCCGUCGGGCGACGUCAAGACUGCGCGUCUGUACCAUGCGUCAGGAGUAGAUGACUCCUUGGCACAUUGCUGCCUUAGUGCUCCUGCAUUUGCACGAUUAGUGAAAAGGGAGCAGCUAGAAGAACAGGUCUUUGUAGCCUAUGGUAGGCUAGUCACUGAGCCUAAGGAAGAAAAGCCUAUAGACCCUGCUACUGCCAAGUUGCUGGAAGAGUUUAAGGACUUAGCUGAGCCGCCGACAGGGACAGUGCCGCAGCCCAUCCAGCACCGUAUUGAGAUAAAGCCUGGCAGUAGAACUCCUAAGGGUGUUCUGUAUAGGAUGUCCCCGCGGGAGUUAGAAGAGCUUCGCAAGCAGUUGGACGAGCUCCUUGAAAAGGGUUGGAUUAGGCCCAGUUCGUCUCCUUUUGGAGCCCCUGUUCUCUUUGUCCCUAAGAAAGAGGGAGAGCUGAGGAUGUGUAUAGACUAUAGGGGUAUGAAUGCUAUUACAGUGAAGAAUGUUGAGCCACUGCCUAGGAUAGAUGAUCUCCUAGAUAGAGUGCAGGGGUGCAAGUAUUUCUCUAAGAUAGAUUUGAAGUCCGGGUAUCAUCAGAUAGAGGUUCGUCCUGAUGAUCAGUACAAGACCGUGUUCCGGACUAGAUAUGGGCAUUAUGAGUUUAUAGUAAUGCCCUUUGGACUAACCAAUGCGCCAACAACUUUCCAGCGGUGUAUGAAUGACCUGUUUAGGCCUUGGUUAGAUAGGUUUGUCGUAGUUUAUCUGGAUGAUAUCUUAGUGUUUAGYAAGACCCUCGRAGAGCAUYAGGGUCAUCUYAGGCAGGUCUUGGAGAAGCUGAGGGAAGCUAACUUYAAGAUCAACGCAAAGAAGUGCGAGUGGGCGAAGACCCAAGUUUUGUAUUUAGGCCAUGUCUUAGACGGAGACGGCAUCAAGCCCGAAGACAGCAAGAUUGCAGCGAUUAGAGAUUGGCCGACACCGCGUACGUUGACAGAGUUGCGGUCGUUCUUAGGCCUAGCAAACUACUAUAGGAAGUUCGUGAGGAACUUCUCCACCAUCGCUGCGCCCCUUCGCAGAUUGCUCAGGAAGGAAACCAUCUGGAAGUGGGAUAAGGACUGCACGUCUGCUAUGAAAAAAUUGAAACAGGCGUUGAUAGAAUAUCCAGUCCUUAAGGUAGCCGAUCCGUCCUUGCCCUUUGUCGUCACUACGGACGCUAGUCAGUACGGCAUAGGUGUUGUGUUGCAGCAAGACGAUGGCCAUGGUUAUAGGCCCGUAGAGUUCAUGUCCGCCAGAAUGCCUUCAGAGAAGGUCGCGACAUCUACGUAUGAGAGGGAACUCUACGCUCUCAGGCAAGCCUUAGAACAUUGGAAGCACUACUUGCUUGGGAGGCACUUCAAAGUCUAUUCCGAUCAUGAGACGUUGAGAUGGUUAAAGACGCAGGCCAAGAUGACACCUAAGCUUACUAGGUGGGCCGCAAAGAUAGAUCAGUAUGACUUUGAGCUCAAGCCAGUCAAGGGAAAGUAUAACGUAGUUGCGGAUGCUCCGAUUAGGAGAGCUGAUUACUUUGGGGCAAUAGUGCAUUACCUAGACAUAGGGAAGGACCUGCAGCAGAAAAUUAGAGAAGCCUAUGCGCAGGAUCCUAUCUAUAGUGACCUCCUCAAGAGGGUCAAGGAGGCCCCAAAGACUGGGAUGAACUACCGCACUACUGAAGGGUUCCUCUUUGAGAAGACUAAUGUAUUUGGCCGCCUGUGCAUCCCCAAUAGUGAAGAGGUCCGUAGUCUGAUCUUGGGAGAAUGCCAUGACACAGAGGGUCAUUUUGGUUGGCAAAAGACUUUAGCCAAUCUGAUGCGCGCAUACACGUGGCCAGGGAUGAAGAAUGACUGCGUAGAGUAUGUCCGCAGUUGUAAAGUUUGCCAGCGUAAUAAGACCAGAACGCGCGCCCCGCUAGGUCUUCUCAGACCCUUGCCCAUUCCAGAUCAGCCGGGCGACUCAGUGUCCAUCGACUUUAUGGACACCCAAGUCAAGAGUAGGUAUGGUAAGAGCCAAGUCAUGGUCAUAGUUGACCGUUUUAGCAAAUAUGCAGUUUUUGUUCCCUUGACGUCAGAGGCAGGUACAGAUUUAGUCAUACAGAAGUUUUCCGACUACUGGGUUAGUGAGAAGGGAAUCCCACUGUCAAUAGUUAGCGAUAGAGAUAGUCGCUUCACCAGCCAGAACUGGCAAGAACUCAUGGGAGUGUAUGGAUCUAAGUUGUUGAUGUCGUCUGGCCGCCAUCCUGAGACUAACGGCCAGACAGAGCAGAUGAACAAGAUCCUACAGCAAGUUCUGCACAUGUACAUUAGGCCAGAUCAGAUUAACUGGAAUGAGAUGUUGCCUAAAGUAGCUAGCGCGUAUAAUAACAGCGUGCAUCUGUCCACUUGCCGCACUCCCAACGAACUGCAUAAGUCCUUUAGACCGCGCAGACCGUUUGAGGGACUCAACCGGGAUCAGAUUCACAGAUUACCGCCCGGGACCAGGGAGUUUGCUGUACAGCACGAGAAAAAACUAGCUACUGUUGUAGAGAACCUCAGGAAGGCCCAACACAGAAUGAUAGAACAAGCCAACAAACAUCGUCGCCCCUCACAAUUUCAAGUAGGCGACUUAGUCUGGGUCAGUUCUAAAGAGUUUGCACCUGAAGAGAACAUCUCGCAGAAGUUACUGCCCACAUAUAGAGGACCGUGGCCCGUUUUAGAAGUCAAGGGCGGCGAAGAUGGACCGUCCUAUACCAUAGAACUCCCAGCACACCUCCACACUUACCCUGUCUUCCACGCAUCGAAGUUGUUACCUUGUCAAACAAGUGAUCAGUUUCCGUCCCGUAGGUCUAUGAUUCCACCAGGCAUGGAUGGAAGGUAUGACAUCAAUGGCAUAGUGGCUGAAGAUGUAUUCAGAGCUGGAGGUAGAGGUCGUCCACAGAAACAGUACAAUGUUCAUUUUAGUUAUCAAGAGCCGGAGGACGACCGCUGGUUUACGAGAUCUGAACUCCUAGAGACAGCUCCCGAUAUAGUCCGGGCCUACGAGAGACAACAGAAAGGUAAAGGUCCUGCCUUGGACUGAAAUUUUCUCGGAGGACCUCGAAUUUAGGCAGGCGGGAGUGAAACGGUAUUCACCAGUUCGCAGUAGCUGAUGCAGAUCCCAAGGCUCGA